UAGCUGCAAUAUCGAUAUUAUUGUGUCGAUUGUUCAACUGUUUCCCCGAUUGUGCACAACGCUUAUUUGCAAGUCUUUGUGCUUGCUGAAACGUGCACGUGUUAACUACUCAAAGCCGACCCCGAAUAAUUGCGAUUGCAAAAAAAUGGCGCUAAAUGCUCCAAACUGCAAAGACACGCAGGAUGUACAGUUCAAGCUGCAUGACAAAUUUGUCGCAUUCCGCAAGUGUGGCGACUUACGCAGCAAUGUGAAACUGCUAGCGGUCUCAAGUAGCCGCGAUCUGCUUUUUGCCGGCAACCCAGCAGCGCCGGAGUUAAAAGUUAUAAUUAUCAAAGAUGUAGUCGCUGCUAAAUCGACCGGCAAACAGCCGAUGGCGCGUCGAGUGGUCUUGCCCCACAUCCCAAACUACAUGUCCUGCAGCGCGGAUGGCAAUAUGUUAGCCAUCAAUUACACACAGUCCAAUGGCACCAGUCUUUUGCUAAUCUAUGCAGUGCAAUCCUUUAUGACUCCAGAUAUACGCGCCAUGUACAACAUAAGAUUAGCACCCGAGGACUUUGUGCAUGCCGUGCAAUUACUGUGGAAUCCAGUGCUGCCCAAUAGCUUGGCUGUGGUGUUGAGCAAUGGCGGGCUGGGCAUGUAUACGCUAAAGGAGGCCGGCAAUUUCGAGAUGCAUUCGCUGGAUAAGAGUCAACGGGUUAAAUGUGGUUGCUGGUCACCCAAAGGCAAGCAGCUGGUGCUGGGAUUCCCAGACGGACGAUUACAACAGUUUAAGCCAGACCUGACGCCGGCCAAGACAUUGGUCUGUCCACCUAAUGUGCAUGAAGGGCCUUUUGACACGAUUGCUGUGCAUUGGCUGUCCACUUUCCAGUUUGCGGUCAUCUUUCUGCAACAUGGCGAGGAUUGCAGUCCAGCGUUGUACAUCAUAAAUGCGCCUAAGACAGGCACACCUACGUAUAUCAAUUACUUCGACAUAUGCUAUAGUCUAAAUGGACCGCGCAAUCAUCAGUUUCAUUUCACCCAUGUGCAGCAGUGGAAUCUGCUGCUGGUUAGUUCUGCGAAUGGCGUGGAAGUGGGAGUGUUGGGCACCACAGAGACGGGUGACACGCCCUCGUGGGAGCAGUUGACACUACUCGAUGAAGCUCGUAUUGAGCUGCCGCUCAGCGAAGCCACUCAAGAUGAAACCUUUCCACUAGGCUUUGUCUUUGACACAUCGGCAACACAUCAGUUGACUAUCAAUGAGAAGCAAUUGCCAAGCAUGCCGAUGGUGCAUGUUCUGGGCACCGACGGGACUUUGCUUACAUUUAAUUUCCUCAAUCUGCAGCCUGGCGCUGCCUCCGUCUGCUCGCCACCGCCUCCACUCAUGGAUACAUCUGGACAAUUUUACGCUCUAAAUACUCUGCUAGGAAACGAUGAGCAGUCCAUUACUACAGCACCAGUAGCCGUCGUUGCCAAACCAACUGCAGCCGUGGUGGAAUCUAGUGCGCCUGCGCAGUCUGAUAUUUCAUUUGCCUUUACGCCGAACACUGUCACAUCGACUCCAGCACCAGCCAAGGAAAAGCCUGCACCUAUGUUUGCCGGAUUUGGUAAUGCCAGUAAGAUAACUGCGCCACCGCCGACUUUUGGGGCUCAAAGUGCUCCGCUCAACUUUGCAUCUGCAACUCCGUCUGCAGCCACAGCUAAACCGCUUCAAACAACUGGGUUUGGUGGAUUUGGAGCAGCCACAACUGCACUUCCAGCAGCUGCUCCGGUUUUUGGUAUGCCAGUCGCUGGAACAGUACCAAACUUCGGAAAUUUGGCAGCCCCUACCGCAAGCAUUGCCGCUGUUCCUCCUUCUCAGCCUACUGCAGGAGUAGCAACAGCUGCCAUUGGAACACCCGGGAAACCCAACAAUAGCAAGCCACUUUAUACUGUGCCGCCCACAUUUACGCCGGUUGCGGUCGCCCCAACUGCAGUUUCCGCUGUCAUGAAACCCUCGGGUAAGCUCGCAGAUAUUAGCACUCGCGAAGUGGACGAUGUGAUUGCUGACAUUAUGGGAGUCCAGAUCAGUGCAUUCAACGAGCAAAUCGAGCAGCAAAAGCAACAGACAAAAGCUCUGCUCUCCCAGAUUGAAUCGCCUGCCUCUAUUAAAUUCUAUGCAAAGCGCCUGGAUGAUCUUCAGGAGCUGAAUGACCAAGCCAAUGACGUGGACUUCGAAUUGGAUGUGCAGGGAUUGCGUCAUGCAUUGAGCGAAGCCUACGCCAUUAUGGCUGAGUGUCGCGCCAAGUUGGAGGGCUACAGAAAUCCAGACAUUACACGAUUGAUGAGCUCCACCAGUUUUGACGCAGCUGGUCGUCGUAUUUUGUCCCGUCUGCAGAGCUAUCUGGCCGCCAAUCAGGCGCAGCUUCGUCUGGCACAGCAGCAUAUUGACACACAGUGGGAGCAGUAUCAGGACGUACUGCGUCGCAAUUCCAAGUCGAAAAUGCAUAUGCCCUGCCUUGAGGGCAUAUAUCAACGUCUGACCCGACUUCAGAAUAUGACAUCCGAUCAGCGUAUUAAACAGACGAAUAUUAAAGCCAAGCUGAAGGAACGUGGAUUACUGCAGACAUCGUUGAUCAACCAAGAAAACAAUCGCAAUCGCAACAAUGAAGCCGUGGACACUCUUGCCGACUCCAUACUUUCGAUGAGUCUGAAUCAAGUGGUUGAAACAAAUCGUGCCAAACUUUCACAGGAGAAAUUACAAAGUAUACGCCAUCUGCUGCAGCACCACAAAAUACAGAUCAUAAGUCCGCAACGUCCUGAUCGUGUUGGCAUCAAAUCAGAGGUCAUAUUGGAGACCAAACUGAAAGCAGAACAGAACAAAAAGGCAGCUGCGGCCAUUGCUAAACCUUCGACAGCUCAUAAGAGCACUCAGGCCGCAGCCCAAGCUGCUGCAGUGACCAGUGUCCAACUGACUAAACCUACAGCAUCCAAGACGAUAGUCGCGUCUGCACCCGCUAUUUCAGCACCAGCUCCUACACCAAUUAGCUCUGCACCAACGACUGCGUUACCUGCAACUGCUGCCGCACCGACAUCGAGCUUCAGCUUCUUCUCGGGCAGCAGCCCCUUUUCGAAGACUACAGUGGCUCCUGUUGUAGCACCGGCAACAAAUUCUAACAGCGCUGACGUUGCCAAGCCUCCUGCAACGUUGCCUACUAGCAGUGCUUUCUCAUUCAGCUUUGGUCAAAUGGGCGCCAGCCCAGCACAGCCCGCGUUGUCGUUCGGUGGAUUAUCAAUGACAACCAAACCACCAGCUCCAGCUGCAGCUUCAGUUGGAGCUGCGCCCAAUUUGUUUGCAGGCUUUGGCGCUACACCAUUGGAUGCAAGCAAACCUAAACCAGCUGUGGAGCAACCUAAGGAUAUUCAGGCAAAGCCUCUUGAGCUCAAAAAAGAUGUGCCAGCUCCAGUGGAAUUCAAGCCUACUGUCGUCGAGCCUGUCAAGAGCGUAGCAGAACCAUCUACCGGCACCUUUGGUACCACGUUCAGCACUCCAACCGUUAAGCCGACAACUCCUAAAGUCGACCCUGCCUCGAAGCCUUUUAGCUUCGCUGGUUUUGGUAGCAACGCGGGAACCACAAUUGGGGGUAAUGCUUCAAGUACGUUCAGCUUUGGAGGCUUCGGAUCUUCGUUGGGCAACUCUGCGGCGCCGAAAGCUGCGAGUGUAACCACGGCGGAGGCAACCAGUGUUUCAGCAGCUGUUGCCAUUCCAACAACUGCUGCAAGCGGCAUCGUAAGCCCUACAAACAUCUUGAAAAGCAAGCCUAUUGUGCCAGCUGCAUCAGCUGCUCCUCCUGCUUUGGGUGAGCAAGGCAGUGGCACAGUUGUAGCGCCAGCAGUGUCCACCAGCAAUGCCGAUCCUACUGAUAAUGCCUUCCGAUCGAUAAACAUCUGCAAGCCCCAGGUGAAGGAGAAAGCUGCAGAUGCACCACCAGCAAACAUCUUUAGCGGAUUUGCAGCUAACACUGCAGGCGGCUUUCAAUCGAGCGAAGCAUCAAAAGGCAUAUUUGGAGGCGCAGCAGAUGGUGGCAGUAAGACUGCUGCAACAAUUGCAUCUCCAGCAGUUACAACCGCAGCAUUGCCAAUUGCAACAACAGCUCCAGCAAUUGCUACUUCAACAACAACAUCUUCAUUAGCUGUACCUACAACAACAACAGCCAUUGUCUCUACUGUCGCAGCAACAGUUCAAUCUACAUUUGGAGCAUCCGUUGCGCCGGCUGUAACUACAAGUGCGGUCAGCAGUGCAGCUCCAGGAAUCAGCUUCUCCUUUUCGAACGCAUUCAGCAAUCUGGGCUCACCCAGCGCGCCAGCCGCCGCUACGCCGACAACUGGCGCAUCAACAGCUAGUAAUGCAUCCAGCUCGAUCUUUGGCGGUGGAAAUGCAUUUGCACCGACUACUGGUGCAAGCGCAAGUCCAUUCCAAGCAGCGCCAACAUCUACUGCAGCUGCUCCGCCCCCAACGAAUCUAUUUGGUAGUGUCCCGAAGCCGGAGGCUAGUGUGUUUGGUGGAGCCAGUACGGCUGCUGCACCACCACCCAGUGGCCUCUUCGCAGCAGCUGCUGCCAGUACGAGUCCAUCAACAUUUGGUGGAAGUCCAGCAGCCGCUCCAGCUGCAUCAGCCGCCAGCUCCGGCGGAAAUAUUUUUGGCCAGGCAGCGGCUGCAGUGAAGCCCGGUGGUUUUGGUUCGCCUGCACCAGCUGCAGCCUCAGUUGGUGGUUCCAUCUUUGGCGGUGCAAGCAGCACUGCAGCUUCACCCUUCGGCGGCACUUCUAUUUUUGGAAGCGGUAGCACCGCACAGAGUCCCCCGCCUGCAGCAGCACCCACUGGUGGCUCUAUUUUUGGGCAGAGUGUUUUCGGCUCAGCAGCUCCAACAAGCGGUGGCAAUUUAUUCAGCACUUCUAGCGCUGCACCGGCAACAGGAUUCGGAGGUGGCUCUGUUUUUGGUGGUACCCCAGCAAAUGCAACCUCACCAAAUGCCAAUAGCGGUUCCAUAUUCGGUGGCGGCAAUAGUUCUGGUGGCUUUGGUUCAUUUGCUCAAACAACUCCCGCCGCCGGUGGAUUUGGCAGUGGCUUUGCCCAAAGCACUGGCGGUUCAGUAGCCCAAUCUGGCUUUGGUUCACCGCAACCACAGAAUCCACAGUCACCCGCUGGCGGCUUUGGAGCAAAGCCUGUUUUUGGCGGCAGCCCAGCCUUUGGUGCGAGUCCCACAUUUGGUGGUGCUCCAACAUUCGGAAGUCCUAAAGGCUUCGGUACCUUUGGCAACAGUCCCAAUGUGAUUGCUCCACCAGCCUUCGGUGGACAACCGAAGCCGGCCGAGGGUAACAUUUUCGAAACGCUGGGCGGCACUGAUACGAGUCUGUCCUUCGGAAAUCUGGCUCAAACUGGCAACACCAACACCCAGAAGUCUACAUUUGGCGGCUCCUCUUUUAUGACCUACCGUUAAUCAUUUGUUUAAUGUUCUUAAUCGUUAAGAGAUUUUGUUUAAAAACAGUUGCAGAAUAAAAAAGAUAAAUAUGCGCGUGAAAA